AGAGUACAAAAGAGAUGAAAACUAUACAAGUGAUUUAUUUACUUCUCUCUAUUUAUGAGACAUGUGGUCAACUGACUUCAAAAAACAAAGCUUUGGAAGCAACAAAUGAAUUGGCUAGUACUACAUCUGAUAAAGUAUCAAAUGUUUUACGUGAUAUCUUGAACCAGGAGAGCUUAGUUCGGUUUUCAAUGGUACAGAAAAUCCAGAGUUUGAUGUUGGAUGUUACAGAUAACAAAAAUGAUGUUGAAUUUUUGAAAAAGAAACUAAGUGACGUAACAAAAGAAUUACAGACCCUUAAAGUAAAGAGCCGUCAAAUGGAGUAUGAAAACGUAGAUAUGAAGCAGACUUUAAAUAAUUUGUACUUAUUGAGUGAUCGCAACAACCGUUCAAUAGAAACAAUGAAAACCUGGAGCGAGAAUUUUCCCUUAUACUGGAUGAAAUUCAUUUCGCCCAAAAUGUCUCUAACGAACAACAGCACCCAUCAGACUGCAAGGAACUGCAUGAUAUGGGUAGGAGAACGUCAGGUGUCUACAGUAUUUAUCCAUGGGAUGGACUCAGUGAUAAAUCAGUAGAAGUCUUUUGCGAUAUGGUAACGUCUGGAGGAGGAUGGACAGUAAUACAGAAUAGAGUUGACGGUAAGGUGAAUUUCAACAGAAAUUGGCAAGAAUAUAAGGCUGGCUUUGGAGAUGUGUCAACUAGCCACUGGGCAGGAAAUGACAUCAUACAUCACCUGACAAAGGCGAACAGCAGUUCACUUCAUGUGAGCAUUACAGGCAAAAACGGUAACACCCUUUUUAUUCAGUAUGACACGUUCUCCAUAUCUGGAGAGGAAGAUGAUUACAGAUUGUAUAUAGCCGGGAAUGCAAAAGGGACGUUAGAAGAUAGAAUAAGGUACGGUUCGACCGACAAUAUAAACGGGAUGAAAUUUUCUACAUAUGACAAAGACAAUGACCCUGUUUCAGGAUCAAAGUGUACAGAUAGCAUGGGUAUAGGUGGAUGGUGGUUUAACAAUUGCAACGACGCAUACUUAAACGGACCGUAUGCACUAGAGAAGUGGAAACAACCUUGGGAUCCUCCAUUUAAGGAUGGAUCAUACAUUUCCCGUACAAGGAUGAUGAUAAAGAGAAAAAUGAUUUAGUGACAAUCCUUGAAGCAGAACUAAAAGUCCACAAAGAAUUUUUUAGAAAAAAUAUUUUAUUUCUUUUUAAUAACAAGUGUAAAAAUAUUACUCAUAACAACAGUGCAAGCUCCUUUUGUAUGGUAAAAUUAUAAAACUAGCAUUAA